AUGGCCACCCUGCUGCUACCACCGGGUCCUGACAGCUUGCACCGGUUCACCCGGGAGUCCCUGGCUGCCGUGGAGCAGCGGAUCGCUGAGGAGGAGGCCCGGCGUACCAAGCACUACCAAGAGGACCUGGGAGACGUGGAGCUGCCCCGGCCCCGGGCCGACCUGGAGGCCGGCAAACAGCUGCCACGCAUCUUCGGCGACAUCCCUGCCGGCCUGGUGGGCGUCCCACUGGAUGACUUUGACCCAUUCUACUUCAAGAACCAGAGAACAUUUAUAGUACUGAACAAAGGGAAGGCCAUCUUCCGAUUUAGUGCCACGUCUGCACUCUAUAUUUUUAACCCCUUUCAUCCUGUUAGAAGAGCAUCGAUUAAAGUUUUAGUACACUCGUUAUUCAGUCUGUUCAUCAUGUGCACUAUUUUGACCAACUGUUGCUUCAUGGCCAUGUCGGAACCAGCGUAUUGGGCCAAGUAUGUUGAGUACACUUUCACUGGCAUUUACACGUUUGAGUCAUUGAUAAAGAUUCUGGCGAGGGGAUUCUGUGUGGGGCCAUUUACCUUCCUGCGGGACCCGUGGAACUGGCUGGAUUUCAGUGUGAUUGCCAUGGCAUAUGUUACUGAGUUUGUGGACCUGGGCAAUGUCUCAGCCUUACGGACGUUCAGAGUCCUACGAGCACUGAAAACUAUCUCAGUCAUCCCAGGCCUGAAGACCAUUGUGGGUGCGCUGAUCCAGUCGGUGAAGAAGCUGGCAGACGUGAUGAUCCUGACCGUGUUCUGCCUCAGUGUGUUUGCCCUCAUUGGCCUGCAGCUCUUCAUGGGUAACCUGCGGCAGAAGUGCGUCCGCAGCACAGCGCACUGCGUCAACAACACCCUCAACACCAACACCACCUUCUUCUGCAACAACCGGACGUGGCCCUCGCUCAAAGACUUCAUCGCAGACGAAGACAACUACUACAAAGUGGAGGGAGCUAAGGAUGCCUUAAUAUGUGGGGACGGGAGUGAUGCUGGGCAUUGUCCAGAUGGGUUUGAGUGUUUGAAGGCAGGAAGGAACCCUAACUAUGGUUACACCAGCUUUGACAGCUUCGGUUGGGCGUUCCUCUCCCUCUUCCGGCUCAUGACACAAGACUACUGGGAGAACCUCUAUCACCAGACUCUGCGGUCAGCAGGGAAGACCUACAUGGUGUUUUUCGUGGUGGUCAUCUUCCUGGGUUCUUUCUACCUGGUCAACCUGAUCCUAGCUGUUGUGGCCAUGGCCUACGAGGAACAGAACCAGGCCACCAUCCAGGAGGCCUGGCAGAAAGAGAAAGAGUUCCAGCUGGCCAUGGAGCGCCUCAAGAGGGAAGCGCAGAAAGCUCAGGAUACCGAAUCCUUGAUGUCCCCGGAACUGUCCCCGGGCCUGCCUCUCCCUGACCACAAGGAGCUGCAGAGCAGGAGGAGAAGUCUGGAGGAACUGGUGGAGGAGGUAGAGAAUGGGGGAGACGUGGAGAAGGGAUACGUGAAGACGUUGAAGGUGGAUACAUUGGAUGGGGGCAGGCCGACACAUCCACUCCUCGUCCGCACCAUCUCCACACGUACCAGACGAGGCAGCAACGUCAGCAUCUUCAGCUUCCGUCCCCGGAACAAAGACUCGGAGGGUGACUUCGCCGACGACGAGUUCAGCAUCCAUGGGGACAAUGAGGGAACACACAGUCGUACUGGGUCCCUGGUGAUCCCAUGGAGCACCAGACGCAGGCCCAGUACCUACAGCACCGGCAGCCGGGGUUCCCAGGUCUUCCUCAACGUCAAUGGGAAGCUGUUCGUGGCCAUGGACCAGAACGGGGUCGCCCCGCAGGGGCUCCCAGCCUGCACCAUGGAGAAGGUCAAGGAGGAGAGUGGGCCAAACUCCAGCACUGAGUUGAGCACCAUGCUGCUGCCUCGCCCGGUGUCCAGAGAAGAGCACGUGCGGAGGGACCGAGCUCUGAGUGGGGCCAGCUAUCUAACAGAUGCCUUGGAGGAACUGGAGGAGUCGCGUCAGAAGUGCCACCCGUGCUGGUAUGAGUUUGCCCACAAGUACCUGAUCUGGGAAAGCAGUCCGCGCUGGCUGCAGUUGAAGGCGCUGGUCAAGGUGAUGGUGAUGGAUCCCUUCCUGGACCUAGCCAUUACCAUCUGCAUCGUGCUCAACACCCUGUUCAUGGCCAUGGAGCACUACCCCAUGACCGACGAGUUCAACGGCAUGCUGUCCAUAGGCAACCUGGUAUUCUCCGGGAUCUUCACCGCUGAGAUGGUGUUAAAGAUUAUCGCUCUGGACCCCUACUACUAUUUCCAGCAAGGUUGGAACAUAUUUGACAGCAUCAUUGUGUGCCUCAGCCUCAUGGAGCUGGGCCUGUCCGAUGUGGAGGGACUGUCCGUUCUCCGAUCCUUCAGACUGCUAAGGGUGUUCAAGCUGGCCAAGUCAUGGCCCACCCUCAACACGCUCAUCAAGAUCAUCGGCAAUUCGGUGGGGGCUCUGGGAAACCUGACCCUGGUCCUAGCCAUCAUAGUCUUCAUCUUUGCUGUGGUGGGCAUGCAGCUGUUCGGCAAGAAUUACCAAGACUGCGUGUGUAAGAUCUCCAAGGACUGUACACUGCCACGCUGGCACAUGAAGGACUUCUUCCACUCGUUCCUCAUCGUGUUCCGGGUGCUGUGUGGCGAGUGGAUCGAGACCAUGUGGGACUGUAUGGAGGUGGCAGGGCAGCCUCUCUGCCUCCUAGUCUUCAUGCAGGUCAUGGUGAUCGGGAACCUGGUGGUGCUCAACCUUUUCCUAGCCUUGCUGCUUAGCUCGUUCAGCUCGGACAACCUCUCGGCGCCCGACGACGAUGGCGAGAUGAACAACCUACAGAUUGCCAUUGGCCGCAUCAAAAGCGGCAUGGGCUGGCUCCGAAGCCAGAUCUGCGACUUCUUCAACGGCAACUUCAAGCGGCGGCGGCAGAAGAGCAAAGAAGCCGAGGCCAUGCUGAAGCUCAAGAGGCUGAGCCACUGUGCUCCGCUUGGCGAGGUGGGCAACGGGACAGUGGUGGCGGUGGCGGGAGGGAUCGGACGCCACGGGGAGAAGAUUAUGGUCCCGGAGGUGGACGACAGCUACAUGACCAACCCCAACCUGACCAUCAGCGUGCCCAUCGCUCCUGGCGAGUCGGACGUGGAGUUCCCCGAGGACGAGGAUGAGGAGGAAGAGGGGGAGAGCGAGAGCUCAGAGGAGGAGGAGGAGGAGGAGGAGAGCAAGCAGGAUGACAUCAGCCUAUCCGAGGGCAGCACGGUGGAUCUGAGGAAGCCAGGGGAGGAAGAGGAUGAGUAUUCAGAGAUGGCUGAAGAGACCAUGGAUCCUGACAACUGCUUCCCUGAUGUGUGCGUACGCCAUUUCCAGUGCUGUGAUAUCCAAACCACGGAGGGCCUGGGCCAGGCUUGGUGGCGGUUAAGGAAGACCUGCUUUCAGAUCGUGGAGCACAGCUGGUUCGAGUCCUUCAUCAUAUUCAUGAUCCUGUUGAGCAGCGGUGCUCUGGCCUUUGAGGACAUCUACAUUGAACAAAGAAAAGUGAUCAAAAUGGUGCUGGAGUACGCCGACAAGAUCUUCACCUACAUUUUCAUCCUGGAGAUGCUCCUCAAGUGGAUUGCCUACGGAUUCAAGAAGUACUUCACUAACUAUUGGUGCUGGCUGGAUUUCCUGAUUGUGGAUGUGUCUUUGGUGAGUCUAGUAGCUAACAUGCUGGGCUACUCGGACUUUGCUGCCAUCAAAUCACUUAGAACCCUCAGAGCUCUGAGGCCGCUAAGAGCACUGUCCCGAUUUGAAGGCAUGCGGGUUGUGGUGAACGCCCUGAUUGGCGCCAUCCCGUCCAUCAUGAACGUCCUGCUGGUGUGCCUCAUCUUCUGGCUCAUCUUCAGCAUCAUGGGGGUCAACCUGUUCGCCGGCAAGUACGGCCGCUGCGUCAACCGGACGGGCUACAUCCACAACGUGUCCGUGAUCAACAAUAAGACCGACUGCCUGGCCAUGAACGACACGCAGUUCUACUGGACUAAAGUCAAAGUGAACUUCGACAACGUGGGCGCUGGUUACCUUGCACUCCUACAAGUUGCUACAUUCAAAGGCUGGAUGGACAUCAUGUAUGCAGCAGUGGAUUCUCGUGCUGUGGAGGAACAGCCUAUCAGAGAGGUGAACAUGUACAUGUACCUAUACUUCAUCAUCUUCAUCAUCUUUGGCUCCUUCUUCACCCUCAACCUCUUCAUCGGGGUGAUCAUCGACAACUUCAACCAGCAGAAACGAAAGAUAAGUGGGCAAGACAUCUUCAUGACAGAGGAACAGAAAAAAUAUUACAACGCCAUGAAGAAGCUAGGGUCUAAAAAGCCUCAGAAACCGAUUCCAAGGCCAGUGAACCAAGUGCAGGGCUUCUUCUUCGACCUGGUGGGCAAGCAGGCGUUCGACAUCAUCAUCAUGGUCCUCAUCCUUCUCAACAUGAUUACCAUGAUGGUGGAGACGGACGAGCAGCCGGCCCGCAUGGAAUACAUCCUCAACAAAAUCAACCUGGCCUUCAUCAUCAUCUUCUCCUGCGAGUGCCUCAUAAAGAUUGUGGCGCUGCGGUGCUACUUCUUCACCAUUGGCUGGAACAUCUUUGACUUUGUGGUGGUCAUCCUCUCCAUCGUUGGUAUCGUUCUCGCUGACAUCAUAGAGAAGUACUUUGUGUCGCCCACUCUUUUCAGAGUCAUUCGAUUAGCCAGGAUCGGACGAGUACUGCGACUCAUCCGCGGAGCCAAAGGAAUAAGGACCUUACUCUUUGCCUUAAUGAUGUCCCUUCCCGCCCUGUUCAACAUCGGCCUCCUGCUCUUCCUGGUAAUGUUCAUCUACGCCAUCUUUGGCAUGGCCAACUUUGCCUACGUCAAGAAGCAGGCAGGGAUCGACGACAUGUUCAACUUCGAGACAUUCGGCAACAGUAUGAUCUGUCUGUUCCAAAUCACCACGUCGGCAGGCUGGGACGGCCUGCUCAGCCCCAUCCUCAACAACUCUCCGGAAGAGUGCAACCCCAACCUCAUCCACACAGGCACCAAUGCCCGGGGCAACUGUGGCAACCCCUCGGUGGGCAUCACCUUCUUCGUCACCUACAUCAUAAUUUCCUUCCUCAUCGUGGUCAACAUGUACAUCGCCAUCAUCCUGGAGAACUUCAGCGUGGCCACCGAGGAGAGCACCGAGCCGCUGAGCGAGGACGACUUCGAGAUGUUCUACGAGGUGUGGGAGAAGUUUGACCCGGAAGCCACGCAGUUCAUAGAGUACGCCAAGCUGUCAGACUUUGCAGACACGCUGUCGGAGCCCCUGCGCAUCGGCAAGCCCAACAAGAUCAAGCUGAUCUCCAUGGACCUGCCCAUGGUGAGCGGUGAUAAGAUCCACUGCCUGGACAUUCUGUUUGCCUUCACCAAGCGCGUGCUGGGCGAGUCGGGCGAGAUGGAUGCUCUCAAACAGCAGAUGGAGGAGAAGUUCAUGAUGGCCAAUCCGUCCAAGAUCUCCUACGAGCCCAUCACCACCACACUGAGGCGCAAGCAGGAAGAUGUGUCGGCCGCUGUUAUCCAGAGGUGCUACCGCAGGCAUCUGGUGCGGAGGCAAAUGAAGCAAGCCUCCUUCCUGUACAGAUCAAUGCAGAUCAGUCUGACGCAGAGCCCCACGGGCGAGGGGGGAACCGCUCCAGAGAAAGAGGGCCUCAUAGCCUCCAUGAUCAAGGAGCACUACGGGGGGCCUGAGAUGGAGCUGAUGGAGACCCUGUCCUCCACCUCCUCUCCGCCGUCUUACGACAGCGUCACACGGGCGACUAGUGAACUUUUCCAAGUUUUAAUUUCCGAACAGUCCAGGAACAGUGACUUGAGGGAACAUUGCCCCGCACCCGACAGAGAACCAGACCGCGAGACAUUUCUGUAAUGGCAACUAGGAAAUGCUUUUUUCUCUCUUUUUUUUGUUUACCGAAUGUAACAUAGCUCAAAUGACACUGGUUUAGUACUUGUGGUUGUCCAGAGAAUCUGCAGGGGUUUUCAUAGAGAAAAGGCUAACUAUUUAUUUAUUUUUGGAGAACAUGCUUUGAGGGAGUACACAAAGGCGGUGUGUGUAAAUGCUAGAUGACCUUUGACCCUGCUCAUGUCAACUUUGCUUCACAGUUAAUAUGCAUGAAUGACCUCUGCAGGGUCACAACAAUUAUAUCACUGAUGUAAUAAUAAUUUAUUAGACUGAAGGAAAUACAGUUUAUCAAUAUUUACAAAGUAUGCCUGACCUUAUGAGUUCAUUAAAGGUCUUACUAUUAUUGGUGUAAUUACUUAUAAUAAAUAGUUUUCAAACUGUGAGAUGUGAGAAAGAAAAAAACGAAGGGAUACAAUUUUUCGUAGUAAAGUAUAACAUUGUUGAUGUUACCAGUCUUUCAUAGCAGUACAAUAAUUUUUUUUUAAAAUAUUUUUAGAGUAAGAAAAAAAACAUGGCCUCUUCUGAAUUGCAGUACUACCACAUUGUAUUUGAACUAUUUUGAGCAUUUUUGCAUUUACGUUUACACGUAAAGAUAUCCCGGGAUAUCCGAGGGCCCUGCAUUUUAGUUGUUUUUCUUUCAUAACAAUCUGGUCCUAGUUACACAAAGCUAAGAAGCAGUGCAGUAACCAUGAUCUGUAUGUGACAAUCAAACCUACAUCUAUCUCAUGGUUACGAUUGACAGAUUUCUUUUUCUCCAUAACUUCUGUAGGAUUAAAACUGCCCCAAUGGCUAUAUAUUUUAUAUGACCAUCAGCGAUCAUAUUCACUAUUAGUCGGACGGAUAAUCGUGCUAUUUAUUUUUUAUUUAAAGUGUGUUUUGCAUGUUUUGACUGCAUCAUAUAGAGACGUCGCGCUCAAGACUGAAAAACAAUUAUUUAUCUAUUUUGCACAAACUGUGUUUAGCAAUAAUUUACUACUAUUUAGGAUAAAAUGGUCAAAGUUUGUACAGCAUUUUUUUUGCUUGAACUCUACAAACCGUUCAGCUUCUCUUGGUUACCCAUAGCUUAGGCCUACUCUCAACUAUAUCACUGACACUGGUUUCUAUUUGACUCAAAUAAUAAUAAGGACACCGCUCAACUUUAAUAUGAUAUAUAUUUUCAGGUUAUGGUUGCAGGUGUGUUGAAGGGCUGUUUUCUGUAGCAAUAGAUCCAGUGUGUGCCUGGUAUAUACCCCUGUCCUGUUUCUAAAUGGACCUCUACUCACAUCGUUCUCCCAUUAGAUGCCAUGGGUGUGUGACUGGGAUCGCACUGCUAUUUACCAGUGUCUACGGGGACUUUUCUAAAGACAUUUCUGAUUGCAUGCUUUGUAUUGGGAACGUUGGGGAACAUGUUUAAAAGUCGGGAGCGAUCCUAUUCGUUUUUGGGUGGGACAUUUUUAUACAAAAAUGUCAUGGUGAAAAGUCAACUCUGCACAUCUCUGUCAUAAAUGUACUGUUUUCAUCAUAACGAGAGCUGCUUCAUCAGAAGAACAUCCAAGACAUGCACAGAAAAUGCUUAUUUUUCAUUCUUAUAAACUGUCAGAAAUGCAAUAACCUACAACAGGUAUCUUCUCAGCAGUCAGUGUAUAAUCGUUUUGUUGUUAUAAUGAUUAUUCUCAGAGCAUGUCUCACUGCUCAACCACAAUGCAGUGCCUCAGUGAAGCCCCCAUUGCAGUAAAUAUUAUUUAGGAAUAAGUUUUACUACUUUCAGUUGACAUUUUUUUUAGGAAGUUGCAAACACAUGCCUCUGUAUUUAAGAUAACAACCUCCUGUGAAAUAAAUGAGAAAGCCUA